UUGAGUCUUGACCGGUUGGAAAUAAAUAAAAAUAUUGAAGUGUAUGUUUAAACUUCGCAAGUAUCUUACAGAAUAAAUUACAAAAUUAAUGAUUAUCUUAUUUCAUUUUCAACAAAAACAAUUCAGUAAAACGAGUUCUUCAACAAUUGAUGUUAAAAGUACUUCUUUUAAGUUAAUUUUAUUAGUGCCGUUUCAAAAUGAGUAGUUUUCGAUUCAAAAACAAAGAUGAAAAACCUGGAUAUGGAGAAGAAGAUUCAAAUUUUGAAUCAGCCAUUAAUUCAACUUUUGUUUAUAAUCCAUACAUGUCACUGGAUAUACAAAGCCAAAGAAAUAAGCUACCAAUUACAAAGCAUCGUAACCAAAUUUUAUAUCUAUGUGAAAAAUUUCAAACAUUAAUACUUGUGGGAUCUACUGGAAGCGGAAAGAGUACUCAAGUAUCACAGAUGCUUGCUGAUAGUGGCUUAUGUCAAUACGGAAAAGCAAUCGCCGUAACAGAACCUCGCAAAAUAAGUGCCAUAACAUUGGCAACCCGUGUAGCACAAGAACAAAAAACCAAUCUCGGUCAACUGGUUGGUUAUUCAGUGAGAUUUGAUAACUGUUGUGAACCUAAUACAAAAAUUAAGUAUUUAACCGAAGGUAUUUUGCUGAAUGAAAUGAUGAGUAAUCCUUUACUAGUCAACUAUUCGGUGAUCAUAUUGGACGAAAUACACGAGAGAAGUUUAUUAACCGACAUUUUAAUGGGUCUAUUGAAAAAAGUGUUAAAAAAACGGCCAACAUUACGACUGGUUGUAUUGUCUGCAACAAUGGACGCUUUACAACUACAAUCUUUUUUCAAUUUUAACCAAAGUGAAAACACUGAAGAUGAUACUGCAACAAUAUUAGGCAUCGAAGGAAGAUCCUAUCCAACUAAAUUAUUUUAUUUAAGAGAACCAAUACCUAAUUACAUUGAUGAAGUAAUUAACACAGUAAUAAAAAUUCACAAAAUUGAACAAUCUGGUGAUAUUUUAGUAUUUUUAACUGGAAAAGAAGAAGUUAUGGAAGCUGUCAACUUGUUGGAUGAUUACAAUAUUAAAAAUACACAAGACAAGGUAAAACUGUACCCUGUUCCAAUGCAUGGAACAUUAACAAAUGAUGAACAAUUAAAAGCAUUUCGACCUGCUCCGAAAGGUUAUCGUAAGGUAGUUUUUUCUACCAAUAUUGCAGAAACAUCUGUUACUAUUCCUGGAAUCGUAAAUGUCAUUGACUGUGGGUUUGUUAAACUGAAGUGGUUUAAUUCGAGGCUCGGAGCCGAUUCACUUAUUACUGUUCCUGUUUCUAAAGCAUCAGCUAUACAAAGAGCUGGACGAGCUGGAAGAGAACGACCUGGAAAAGUUUACAGACUUUAUACAAAAGAAGCCUACAACAAUUUGACAAACGCUACACCGCCUGAAAUGAUGCGUUCAGAUCUGACCGAUAUUGUUUUACAACUUAAAGCGAUAUACAUUAAUAAUGUUUUGAGAUUCCCUUUUUUGAGUCCACCGCCAGCAAAAAAUCUGCUAUUCGCCUUGGAAAUGUUAAAAGCUUUAGAAGCCAUUGACAAAUAUGGAAAUUUAACAAACAAAUUUGGAACUGUAAUGUCCGAAAUACCGUUGCCAGCAAAACAUUCAAGAAUGUUAAUUAAAUCUGGUGAAAUGGGCUGCUCGUCAGAAAUUGUAUCUAUAUUAGCAAUGCUCCAACUCCAAGAUCCGUUUGUGAGACCCAAGUACGGAGCUACGAUACAAAGAGCUAAAAUACAACACAGAAGUUUUGAGGUUGCCGAAGGAGACUUGAUAACAAUACUAAAUGUAUACAAUGGAUUUUUAAAAAAUAAAGCUACUAGUAAACAGUGGUGUCACCGAUAUUUUAUCAACUACAACGAAUUAUGUAAAGCGCAAAAAAUCCGUGCUCAUUUAUUAGACUCCAUGAAAAAAUUUAAAAUACCACUUAAAUCGUGCAAAGGAGACACAAGAAUAAUCGUAAAAUGCAUUGCAUCGGGACUAUUUAAAAACGCUGCUUAUCUUCAUUACACUGGAGUGUAUAAAUCUGUUGGCUCCGAUGAAGAUUUAUAUUUCCACCCUAGAUCAAUUCUCAACUAUGUUAAUCAACCGCAAUGGGUUUUAUAUGACGAACUACUAGAAACUACCAAAACAUAUAUUAAGGAUUUAACUGAAGUUACACCAUCCUUAUUACUAGACACAGCUUCACACUAUUUUUCUACACCAACAUUAUAGUCGCGUACUUAGUAUUACACGAUUAAUGUCUGACAUUUGACUGUUAAAUUGCAUUUAAUUUUGUAAAAAUGUUUGUGUAUAAAUUGUCCUAAUAAUUAUUGUAAUUAUUUAAAGAUGAAA